AUGGAUUGCGGAAGGCUUCCCAGUUACAGGUCCUCAUACUUGCUUAGAUUCCACCCGUAUGCGAGAGUCAAACCCUCUGCUCGGGAGAGAGUAAUGGCCGUGCAAUACACCGACGACGGUAGCCUCUUAUCCGACGAAGAACGCUUCAUCGCAUCGUCUCAAUCUGCUGCCUGGGACUUUGUUCCCGCCGAUGCAAUCACUCAGAACUUAAACGACGCUAUCAACAACACAACCGCUGUCGAUGAACCGCUGCGCAGGCUGAGCAUAUCUACUCUCGUAGUGGUGAGAGUUGGCGCUGUUGAUGAGUCGCAAGGCAUCGUCUACCGUGACCCAGUGCAGGAAGUGUUGAACCCAUCCUUGAGCGGGAAGAACGAAACCGUUUUCUACUAUCUAGUAUAUCUUUGCGUCUGUGCUAACUACAAUCUCUCUUCUGAAUCUUCCCGCUACAUCUAA